AUGCUGCGCAAGAUGCUUCGGAACAUACCGCAUUGUCUCACGGAAGCCGACAUCAAAGAAGUGGCGGAGAACACGCAGGCGUUCGUGGCGGCGGACUUGGCGCUGCUGCUGCGGACGGCGGCGACGGCCGCGCUGCGGAAGAGCCUGCUGCUGCAGCAGCAGCAGCAGCAGCAGCAGCGGGCCCUGGGGCGCGGGGACUUCGCUGCUGCGCUGCGGGCUGUGAGGCCCUCCGGCCUCAAAGCCCUUGCAUGCGAAGUGCCCCAAGUGACCUGGGAAGACAUCGGGGGCUACUGUGGGGCGAAGCUGCUGCUGCAGCAAUGUGUGGAGUGGCCUGUGAGCCACAGCAGCAGCUUCCAGCAGCUGCGGCUGCUGCCCCCCAAGGGUUUGCUGCUCUACGGGCCCCCCGGCUGCAGCAAAACCCUCCUCGCCAAGGCAGUCGCCACCGAGUCCAAAAUGAACUUCCUCUCAGUCAAGGGGCCGGAGCUGUUCUCCAAGUGGGUCGGCGAAUCAGAAAAGGCAAUUAGGGAUUUAUUUAG